CAAAAUCUUCAUCCUAUAAACGUCUCUUCUCUCUUUCAUCACUGCAAGAAACUUAGCUACAACUCCCUUUUCUCUAUCUAUAUCUCUCUCAUUUUCAUGGCGACCAAAGAUUCCCCAGGGAUUAAACUUUUUGGCAAAACCAUUACAUUCAACGCCGAUAAUAAUAAUAUCAUACAGACGAUUAAGAAAGAAGAAGGGCAGGAACAACAGCCAGAGCUACAAACAAAAACAGCCGUUAGAUCACCAUCAUCAUCGGAUCUAAUGGCAGAGAAGCGUCCAGACAAGAUAAUAGCAUGUCCGAGAUGCAAGAGCAUGGAGACUAAAUUCUGUUACUUCAAUAAUUACAACGUUAACCAACCACGUCACUUCUGCAAAGGUUGUCAGCGUUAUUGGACCGCCGGUGGAGCUCUCCGGAAUGUUCCCGUCGGUGCCGGUCGUCGGAGGUCCAAACCUCCGGGUCGUGCAGGUGGGUUCUCCGAGUUGCUUGGAGCUGCGACUGGAGCCGUUGAUCAGGUUGAGCUUGACGCUUUGCUGGUGGAAGAGUGGCGAGCAGCUGCGUCCCAUGGUGUUUUCCGGCAUGAUUAUCCGGUGAAGAGACUCCGUUGCUACACCGAUGGUCAAUCUUGUUGAUUGUAUUAAAUUUUCUUUUAUUUUCUAUUAUUUGUUUUUGUUUCGGGCUUUCCAUUUAACCCGUUAGAAAUAACGUGGUUAAGUUUGCUUUGAUUUGCUUACUGGAUACGUACAGGCUAGCAACAAAAAUUAACUAGGGGGUUUUAAUACUUGCUCAUCUACUAAACAGCUGUAGCUUAUUUCAAUUUCUAUUGUUGAUUUUGUUUAGUUGUAAAGUGAAGCUCGUGGGAUUUUCCUUAUAAAAAGAAAGACGGCAUCGUUGACCACUA